GAUGAGUUACAAGGUUUAAUUUGACAUUGAUCCAGCAUGUUGUGGUUGUGAAAGACAUUUUCGUACUGGAACUGUGAAAGUUCUAAGCGAUAUGAACGCUUAAUUACUGAUCUUCAUUAGGCCAAUUAAUUUUUAGCACGCACGAUGCCUCGCUACGGACAGCUUGUGAUGGGUCCAGCGGGAAGUGGAAAGUCAACGUACUGUAGUAACAUGGUAAAGCACGGAGAAGUCAUUCAUCGUAAUAUACAAGUCGUGAACCUUGACCCGGCAGCAGAACAUUUUGAUUAUCCUGUGUUAGCUGAUAUAAGAGAACUGAUUCAUCUGGAUGAUGCUAUGGAUGAUGAAGCAUUAAGGUUUGGGCCUAAUGGGGGACUUAUUUUCUGUAUGGAGUACCUGGCUCAGAACUUUGACUGGCUGCAGGAACAACUAGAUGAGGCCGAGGAUGACUACAUCUUGUUUGAUUGUCCUGGCCAAGUAGAAUUAUACACACACAUCCCUGCCAUGAAACAGCUAGUAGAAACAUUACAGAAGUGGGAUUUUCGCAUAGCUGGUGUUUUCCUUAUCGACUCACAGUUCAUGAUUGAAGCCUCAAAGUUUGUAUCUGGAGUGAUGACAGCGCUGUCAACCAUGGUCAAUCUAGAACUGCCUCAUGUUAAUGUAAUGACUAAACUGGAUUUGCUCAGUAAGAAGGCAAAGAAAGAUUUAGACAGAUACCUUGACCCAGAGCUGCCAGUCUUACUUGAUGAAGAAUUUGAUAACAGUAGGUUUAGCAACAAGUUCAAGAAACUCAAUUCUGCCAUAGCAACAAUGAUUGAGGACUACAGUUUAGUGAAGUUCCUUCCCCUGGAUCAGACAGACGAGGACAGUAUCAACGAUGUCCUGCUACAGAUUGAUAGUGCUAUACAGUAUGGAGAGGACCUAGAGCCCAGAGAAAUGAGGGAUGAUCAACAAAAUGAAGAGGAUAAUGACUUUGACAGUGGGUUUGAUGGUUGAUAUGGGGGAGAUUGAAGAUGGAUGUUUUUGAUGUGUGAUGAGUGAAGACUGGAGGACAAAGUGGCUGACAUUGAUGGAUGUAUAUGUGGACAGACUGUGGAUGGAAUUAUAUUGAAUGGUGGAUGGAUGAAUAUGUGGAUUGAUGACAUUAUUUGGAUUAUAAUGAUGUAUUGAGUAUGAAGACUUUGGAUUUGACUGAUGUCUUUCAGUAAUUUUCAGUAAUAUGUAUAUGGAUUGUUUGUUCUGUAUGAAUUAAAUUUAAUAAAAACAAAGAAAAAACUUA